AUGAAUCAUGAAAGAAGAAGCACAUUUCAAUUCAAGUGCAAGAAAGUAGACCUUGACAGUUUGAAGAAGUUGAGUGUCAAAGUGAUCAAGCUCACUGAAUUCGUGGACGAUUAUGGGAGGAUCCUGAGUAUUUUGAAUGAAAAGAUGGAACCAAUGACAAUUGUGACUAUAGCUCAAUUCUAUGACCCACCUCUGUGUUGUUUCACCUUUUCUGACUUCCAAUUAGCUCCUACUUUGGAAGAGUUAGAGAGAAUUGUGGGCCGGAAUUUGAGGGACCAUGAUCCAUUUCCCAAGUUUGAUGAAGCUAUGAAGUUGGAGAAAGAUGGAAAACGGAAAGCAUUCCAUGCCUUGCUAGCCCUAUUGGUUUAUGGGAUAAUAUUGUUUCCAAAUCUCGACAGUUUCGUAGAUCAUGUGGCCGUAAGAAUCUUCCUCUCUGGUAAUCCAGUACCUUUUCUCCUAGUUGAUAUCUACUACGCCCUUCAUGAUCGUCAUGAGAAGAAGGGGGGAACCCUUUUGUGUUACGAACAGUUGUUGCAUGCUUGGUUCAGAUCUCACAUGCCAGAAAAAGGACCUUACACCUCCAAAACACUUAAGCCCUCUCAGAAGUUAACUUCCAUUACUGCCAACCAUGUCAAAUGGUAUAUCAGAGAUUGGGAGACCCCAAAUAUUAUUGUUAGCAUUAUAGACUUUCCUAAUAUACUUUUGAUAGGGACUAGGGGUUGCAUCAAAUACAACCCUAUGUUAUCCCUGAUGAAACACGGUUACUCCAUGAACAAACCUCCAAAAGCUGAAGCUUUAGAGCCUUUCAUUUUGCAUGACAUUGAUGCAAACAACCCAAUUGUGAAGAAGAUUAAGAAAUCCUGGAAAACAAUUGUUAGAAGGGGUAAAGAGUUUGGAAAGAGGAAUGUCCUUGUGAAAGAGCCUUACACUCGUUGGGUAAGAGAGAGAGUUCAAGUGGUUAAGCUCUCAUUUCCAUUUGAUCCCUCUAUUUUUCCUCCAGUUCCCGGGCCAGAACCUAUAUUACCUGAAGACGUUGAAAAGCUCAAUGCCAAAAUUAAGGAGCUUGAAUUAGAAAACUCCGAGUUACGGCUUAAGCUUAAUCGAACCCCUUUGGAAAAUGAAAAUCUGAAGGAUGAACGUCAAGAGAAGGACCGAGACCUUGAAGCUAGCAACAAGAGAGCAAGAACAUUUGAAGACAAGAAGGAUGAGCUUGAUGAUAUUCUCAUAGGUACGAAAUUUAUGUUCAAAACCAAGAAUGAGGAACUCAAAAAAGCCCACCUCAAAAUUCAAGAGUUGGACAAAAUGUUGGAGAGGUCUCUUAUGGAGAAGAGAGAAGCUAGACUCGACUAUGAAGCUCAAAUCCGUGAACUCAGGGACACUCUCAAGAAUUGCAAAGAUAAGCUAUCUCGUGAGGUCCUUCGGAAAUAG